AGAUAAAUAUUUUAUUGAAAGUGAUUGCUGCAAGCAAAUAGCAGCAGUAGUGAGGAGGGUGUGAGUGUGUAUGUGGUGAUCAAUAUUGAUACUUGAGGUCAGUUCCGAGCCCCGGCGAACUCAUCGGUCAUGAAAUAGGAUAUGGGACAGCAGCCGUUGGUGGACUACAAACUUCCGGUCGAGUAUUGAUGCCAAAGUGAUUCAACGUGUCGGCACGCAGGAAGAGGAAGAAGAAGAAGAAGAAACCAAGUGUAGCGCGCGGCGACCCGUGCGGGAAGAUGCCGUCAGGGAAUGUCCACCGGACACCAGCGAGAACGACGACGUCCUUCGCGACGACCCCAGUCUCGGCAGCGGCGCCGACGUCGAUGGCGACCCGUACCCAUCAUCGGAGACGCAACCCAAUUGGCAGGUUAAGCACCGCGUGGUUCGCGAUGAUCGCGGCAGGGUUGGUGCUGGUCACGAUGGCCACGUUGGCCGCCGGUCAGGCUGGACCGCCGCAGACGUGUCCACCGGUGCCGGACAUUAAUCCGUGCCUGUGCCAGGUCAAGAAGAACGGGCUGGACAUUUUGUGUGAGGCCACGGACGUGCAGCACAUUACGCGGGCCAUGAGCGCCCUCAAGGGCAAGAAUCCGAUCAUCUUCUAUCUGAAGCUGCGCCACAACAACCUGCCCAAGCUGCAGGGCUUCGUGUUCCUGUCGCUGGACAUCCGGCACCUGACGAUCCACAACAGCAGUUUGGCGGCCAUCGAGGAGACGUCGCUCAGCUCGUUGGGUCGUGGCCUGACCCAGCUGGACGUGUCCCAGAACCAGCUGAUGACGGUGCCGUCGAGCGCGCUCAAGAACCUGCACCACCUGUUGAUCCUGAACCUGAACCACAACCGCAUCUCCGUCAUCCACAACCGGGCCUUCGAGGGGCUGGACACGCUGGAGAUCCUCACCAUCUACGAGAACAAGCUGAGCUCGAUCGAGCCGGACGCGUUCCGCGGGUUGGACAAAAAGUUGAAACGGCUCAACCUGGGCGGCAACGAGCUCACGGCCGUCCCCCAGAAGGCCCUCGCCAUCCUGGACAUGCUGCGGAAGCUGGAACUGCAGGAGAAUCGCCUAAAGACCAUCAAGGAGGGUGAUUUUGAAGGUCUACAAAAUCUGGACUCGCUGAUUCUGGCCCACAACCAGCUGACCGAGGUUCCGGCCCGCGUCUUCAGCCACCUGAUACUGCUCAACUCGCUCGAACUGGAGGGCAAUUCGAUCUCCUACAUCGAUAAGGAUGCCUUUGAGGGAUUGGAAGAAAAUCUGCAAUAUCUGCGCCUUGGUGACAACAACCUGCACCGGAUCCCGAGCGAGGCGCUGCGGCCGCUGCACCGUCUCCGGCACCUGGACCUGCGCUCGAACAACAUCUCGUCCAUCAACGAGGACGCCUUCGUCGGCUUCGGGGACUCCAUCACGUUCCUGAACCUGCAGAAGAACGAUAUCAAGGUGCUGCCGGCGCUGGUCUUUGAGAACCUCAACUCGCUCGAGACGCUCAGCAUCCAGAACAACAAGCUGACCCGCAUCCCGGAGGAGGUGAUGGAACCGAUCAUGGACUCGCUGCGCGUCGUCGACAUCAUGGGUGACUCACUUUUGAGUAGUUGUGAACUAACAAGAUUCUUUUCGUUACUUCGUGAUGACUCCGAUGAGAAUGAUUGUAUGACGCAGAAGAAGCGCCCGAUGUGCACGAUGGCGAACGAGCACCGGGAGUACUACGUGCAGACGAUGCCGCUGGAGCGGAUGAACUGCGUCGGGAAAAAGUACCAGACGUCGUCGCUCAGCGGUAACGGGCAGUCGGGGCGCAUCCACGGCGGCCCUGGGGCACUUACGGUGGCCGGGAUGGCGGUGGCCACGGCCGGCGUCGUCGGGCGGCAGCUGUGGAUGGCCGGGGCCGGGGUGUGCCAGUACUAUUACUAUUAGGUGGGAGCGAUCGAGCGAGCGAGAAGGUAAGAACAUCGAGCAGAGAAUUGGAAAUCGGAAAUGGAUUGGGAGGAAUCGGAAGUGAGAGUUUAAGGGAUAGAUAA